AUGGUGAAACGCAGCCGGCGCAGCAAGACUGAAUUAUGUAACAAUACCACCGCCAAUAUUACAACAGCAACAACACCACCAACAACAACCAGUAGUAGCAGUAAUCAUAAAAACUUUCAUCAUCACAAUGGUGAGGAGCAGCAUGAGGUUGGUAACUACAAUGAUGGUGGUGGUGGCGGAGUUGAUGGAGGUGGUGGUGUUAUUGGCAUCGAUGAAGUUGAUCGUGUCAAAAACUGCAUUGAUUCCUCAACGGUAUUGCCGCCACAAUUAAAUGGAAAUUCCACAAAUGCCAAUAAAUCUCCCCUGGCUUCCGAUGAAUUCGUUUUGGAUGUCCUUAACGAUGAUCUCAUUUCGAGGGUGCGCAGUAAAAUCACCAGCGGCAGUAAGGAGCUGUUUGAACCCUGCGUCAAGGCUGUCAAAGCGUUUUUGGCCGGCGAACCAUUCCGAGAAUUUGAAACUUCGAUGUAUUUUCAUCGUUAUUUACAAUGGAAAUGGCUGGAGGCUCAACCAAUUACAUACAAAACAUUUCGUAUGUAUCGUGUACUGGGCAAAGGUGGCUUUGGCGAAGUUUGUGCAUGUCAGGUACGUGCCACAGGGAAAAUGUAUGCUUGCAAAAAAUUAGAAAAGAAGCGAAUUAAAAAACGCAAAGGCGAAUCUAUGGUCUUGACUGAAAAACAAAUACUGCAGAAAAUCAAUUCCCGUUUUGUUGUUAAUCUGGCCUAUGCUUAUGAAACAAAGGAUGCUUUAUGUUUGGUGCUAACAAUAAUGAAUG